AUGGCCGGCACACUCAAAGACCUACUAAGCGACGACAGCGUGUCCGCGGAACAGGCCGCCCAAAUUGUGGCACACGAUUGCAUUGAAGCAAUUGACAAAAAUGAAGACGCGACAGAAAUUGAAAACAAGCUUAAUGAUCUGUGGUCGGAAGUGCUCACCGCUGCUGAGCAAACCCCGCACGAUCAGCAAGACAAGCUAGUGGAAGUCGUUCAGUCAAUCAAACACCUCCCCGAGGCAACCGAAAAAGCCAAGAAGCUUACGGUUUGGGAUGAUGCCAAGAGCUGGGAUGAACUUCCCAUGUUUGGCCCUAAGGCUCGCGAACAGCUCGAUAUCGCCCAAGAAAAGUCUGAAGAGGCUUGUGUCAACAUCAACGCCUUCUUUGCCAGAAUAACCGCAGCAGAUGUCCAGGACUUCAGCCUCUUUGCCAUCUGGACCUUGCGUGAAGCUCUAGAGGAUCCCUCUGCCGAGCAAGUCGCAAAGCAAACCUCACCCAAGUUGUUGAAGGCCGCCUCAGUCUGGUUCAUCUAUGCAUCUGGCGAGUUGAAAAAGGCGAGUAAUGAAGGACAUCAGUUUGAGGGUAAAAUUGCGAAGCCAGGUGCUAGCUUGACAGAGUUCAAAGAUGAAGAUGGAUGGAGGGGUUUCUGUGAAGCGAGGUGGAAGGUUUGGGAGGAUCGACUUACGCCUUUGAAGGAGGCUGAUUUACCAGAAGAGACUAAAUCACUUGUUGCUCGCGCGGUGGACAGUCUGACAAAGGCUUGA